AUGGCGGACAUCGUUAAACAAAUCCUAGCAAAACCAAUACAGUUGGCGGACCAGGUGACGAAAUCCGCGGAUGAUACCAGCUCUUUCAGGCAAGAAUGUUUGGAGAUCAAGAACAAGACGGAGAAGCUGGCGGGGCUGCUGAGGCAGGCUGCCCGUGCCAGCAGCGAAUUGUACGAACGCCCCACCCGCCGCAUCAUUUAUGAGACGGAGCAAGUCCUCGACAAGGCCCUCACCCUCAUAUUCAAGUGCAGGGCCAAUGGCUUGAAACGGGUCUUCACCAUCAUUCCCGCCGCGGCUUUCAGAAAAAUCUCCCAACAACUCGAGAAUUCUAUGGGGGACGUGUCAUGGCUCCUCCGGGUAUCCACCCCGGCGGAUGAUCGUGAUGACGAAUAUCUCGGGCUUCCUCCGAUUGCUGCAAAUGAGCCCAUCCUGUGCUUGAUAUGGGAGCAGAUUGCCAUCCUGUGCUCUGGUACCCUGGAAGAACGCGCGGACGCGGCUACGUCUCUGGUUUCCUUGGCCCGGGAUAACGAUCGAUAUGGGAGGCUGAUCAUAGAGGAAGGUGGGGUUGCACCGUUGCUGAAGCUGGCUAAGGAAGGUCGAAUGGAGGGACAGGAGAAUGCGGCAAGGGCCAUUGGACUUCUGGGCCGUGAUCCCGAAAGCGUCGAACAGAUUGUGAAUGCGGGUGUUUCUUCGGUGUUUGCUAAAAUCCUCAAGGAGGGUCACAUGAAGGUCCAAGUCAUGGUGGCUUGGGCUAUCUCGGAGCUGGCCGCAAAUCACCCAGAUUGUCAAGAUCAUUUUGCUCAGAACAAUAUUAUUCGGCUGCUGGUCAGUCAUCUUGCGUUUGAGACCAUUCAAGAGCACAGCAAGUAUGCCAUUACCAGCAAACAAGCCAUGUCCAUUCACACCGUCGUAAUGGCCAAUUCUAGCUCCAAUAACGCCAUCCAAAUCCACCGCAAUAAUAAUAAUAAUAUCAAUAUGAAGGGACCUGCUAGUGCUACAGCUGAUGAUGAAUAUCUUCACGGUCAAAUAUCACAUCCGCUAGGAAGUGACACGCCCAGCCAAAUGCAUAAUGUGAUUACCAACACUAUGGCCAUGAAAUCCACUGCAUUUCCCAAAACCCAGCAAGCACAGGAUAACAAUGCCGUGAUCAAUCACAACAAUAACGUAAAGCACCAGAGUAACCAACAACAUCAGCAUCAACACCACCCUCAAGCCCGCCACGUUGCAUUAGCUGGAUCCAGCAUCAAGGGGAGGGAGUUAGAGGAUCCUGCUACUAAGGCAGCAAUGAAAGCAAUGUCUGCCAGAGCUCUUUGGCAUCUCUGUACGGGAAACAUUAGCGUCUGUCGAAGUAUUACAGAAUCCAGAGCCCUCUUAUGCUUUGCAGUUUUGUUAGAGAAAGGUCCUGAUGAAGUUCAGUAUAAUUCAGCGAUGGCACUGAUGGAGAUCACGACAGUAGCCGAGGAAAAUGCGGACUUGAGACGCUCGGCUUUCAAACCUACUGCUCCGGCUGCGAGAGCAGUUAUAGACCAAUUUCUGAGAAUCAUUGAGAAAGAAGACCAAGACCUCCUCAUCCCCAGCCUCAAAUCUAUUGGGAAUUUGGCCAGGACAUUCCGGGCUACAGAAACUAGAAUCAUCGGGCCACUGGUACGGCUUCUUGAUGACAGGGAACCCGAGAUCAUUUGUGAGGCGGCAAUUGCCCUAACCAAGUUUGCUUGCACUGACAAUUUCCUGCAUGUGAAUCACUGCAAGGCAAUUAUUGAGGCUGGAGGGGCGAAGCACCUCAUCCCCUUGAUUUAUUUUGGUGAACAAAUGGUUCAGAUACCUUCACUCAUUCUCCUGUGCUACAUUGCGAUGCAUGUCCCCGAAAACAAAGAAUUGGCCCAACAAGAUGUGCUCAUCGUCUUGGAGUGGGCUACAAAGCAGGAGGCCUUGAUGCACGACCCUACAGUCCAACAUCUAGUAGGGGAAGGGAUUGAAAACAAGUCAAUUCAAGAAAAUGGUUCGGAUAAAGCAACUGAGUUGGGGUUUACCUGCUUUUUCUCAUGCAUUGGUUGCUUCUGUCUCCAACUUUCUCUUUGGAUAUCACAUCGGAGUGAUGAAUGGUCCUAUUGUAUCUAUUGUGAACUUGGUUCUGAAGGAAAUUCCUUUCUCCAGGAACUUGUCGUUAGUACAUUUAUUGGUGGUGCAUUUAUCGGAAGCAUAAGGUCUGGUCUUCUUGUGGAUAAAGUUGGUUUUCAAGUAGACAGAAUACCUCUUGUUCUUGGUGCAAUCAUCAGUUUAUGCAGGUUUCAGCAGAUUUUCCUUGAUUGCAGCAAAGAUUUGCUUAUUACUUUACAGCUGAAACUAAAGGCUGAUCUCUUGAAGAAAUCAGGUUGUCAUUAA